CCCAUCAAAACACCCGCAAGCGACACUCGAGAGAUGUCUGCGCGGUGGCAGAAACUGCACAUAUCAAAUCGUGCGCCUGUGCCACCUCUAUUUUAUAGAUACACCCUUUUCAGAGAUGGAUAUGAGUUGUACCUAACCGAUCUCACGUAUAUUUGGUCCGAGCGUCCCAACCGCCAGCAUAUUCUGGGAAGAGCCGUUGAAGAGGAUGCGACAAUUGACCCCAGCCAAGACAUAGAUCAGUUCAAUAUACUUCUGGAGAAAUUAGGGGAGGCCUUGCGCAAUGACCCGGGUACCAGCACUGUACUAAGGCGUGGACGGGAGAAUGAUACCCUACACCUGACCACUACAACAAGCCUACCGGCCCCACUUGAGCCUCUGAAGUGGAAUUUCUACAUGGCUAGAGAGAAACAGCGCUUUUCGACUACUCAACUGCUUAUCCCGCAUAUAAAGUCUGAGGCUGCCUGGGAGUUGCGCCAGCGGGAACUAAUCGAAGUUGUUAAACGGAAGGAUUGGCUGCUGUCAAAGCUACUCGAUAAGCUUGAAGCCGUCGGGCUUGAUCUCAGCACUAUCUUCCCUAGUAUCCCCGGACUCAGGGCCAACCACAAGGGCUCAACGCAGUCACAGGCCGCCAAGUAUAUUAGUGGAGCGAGACCUUUCGAUGAGGAUGCUUGGCUUGAGGAGAACAACGCGAUAACAUCUGAGACCGGAUUCGCAUCCACCAUUUUGGAAGAAACAGAAGAUUCUACCCUUGAUGAUAAUCUUCUGCUACUCGAAGAUCUCAGCGCGCCAUCAGAAGGAUGGUGGAGGAAGAUGUCCACCGUUAACAAUAACACCGAAGCCGUAGAUGCCAGGACCCCGGAGGACUCGACGAACAUGGACACUACGGACGGUGGUUUGGAGACUGAGGAUGACUUUGACGAUAACGAUGACGAUGAUUUUGAGCGACAAGAGACCCCUCCGAGACUCAGACCUCAGCCGAACCACCAAACUCCCCCUUCAGGGCUAGGCGAGGACACAGCAACAGAAAGUGAAGAUGACCUUGAAGAUCGAAAUGGGGGACCAAGUACAGCGAAGUCUCCGGCAUCACGAAACAAUUCCAGGGGCCUUGGAACGAUCGGAGGCAUCAGAAAACAGCCCCCACAACCAGAAUCGCCUCAAACAUCACCAGCAUUAGCAGAUGUCGACGCAGCGAUACCAAGACGCAAGGCCCCCGCAACCCAAGCAGACAGCGACCAAACAGCCGACGAGACAGACGACGACCACGACGACAAUCAUCCCUCUCCAUCACCCUCACCGCCGCCCUCAAACCGUCAAACAAAGCCCCGCAAAAUAGGUAUGAUAGGUGGCAAGAAAGCCGAAAAACAAGCCUCCCCACCAGCAUCACCAAAUCCCGAAUCAUCCAGUAAACUCCAGUCAAAACCCCGGGGGAUCGGCGUCAUAGGUGGUAAGGGCAAAGCAAGGCAAGCCUCCCCACCAUCAUCGCCGCCACCAGAAGCCGAAUCAUCGACCAAAGCCCAGACGAAGUCCCACAGUCUAGGAGUGAUAGGCGGCCGAAAGGGAGAAAAGCAAGCCACGUCGUCGCCAGCAGCUACAGCAACGCAGUCCUCAGGGCCACCAUCCCCUGCACCAGCUCUGGACGAACAACCCGCAGAGCCGGAGAAGGAAGAAACAGAGGAAGAAAAAGCGGACAGGAAGCGGGAAGAGCUGAAGAGACAGCUUGAAGCUAAGAGCAAGGCGCCUGCUAAGAAGAAGCGGAAGUUUUAAGCUACUUUUCUGCUGGAGCUAUCUGUUUAUAUCCUACCUGAGGGCGGAUAGGCACGUGGUUGUCUGCUCGGGGGGAUUUACCACAGCAG